UUCUCGCUCCUCUUUCAGUCAUCCUCCAAGAUGCCGACCAGGAACACCAAGACCAGAAAGCUCCGGGGGCACGUCAGCCACGGCCACGGCCGUGUCGGCAAACACAGAAAGCACCCCGGAGGUCGUGGUAAUGCUGGUGGCAUGCAUCAUCACAGGAUCAACUUUGACAAAUACCACCCUGGUUACUUCGGUAAGGUCGGUAUGAGACAUUACCACCUGAAAAGGAACACAAUCUUCUGCCCAACCAUCAACCUGGACAAGCUCUGGACGCUGGUCAGUGAGCAGACCAGGCUGAACUAUGCCAAGAAGCCUGACGGCCCUGCACCCAUCAUCGACGUUGUGCGCGCCGGCUACUUCAAAGUGCUGGGCAAAGGCAAACUCCCCAAGCAGCCUGUCAUUGUGAAGGCCAAGUUCUUCAGCAGGAGGGCCGAGGAGAAGAUCAAGGGAGUGGGAGGGGCUUGUGUACUGAUGGCAUAAGCACCUUGUUCCAAUUUUUUGCAAGAUUAAACUGUUUAAAAUUGAUU